AUGGCUGUGAACGAUUACAAGAACCUGGUGGAGGAAAGUUUGGCUCAGUCGUCUAGAUGCGCCUUUUUACGACAGCAUGGUCGCAGAAGACGUGAACUCUCCAUCGUAAGUGCCCAUGUGCCUGCAGAAACCACUGAGGACAAAAAAGAGCGAGAAGGUUGUGCAGAGCUGUGUUCAAAGGACAGCACUCUCGGCGAAGAUGCUGGUAAUCGCGGCAGGCGAAGACAUCAACCCGCUGAUUAA